AAGUAAUCAAUAGAAUGAAUUAAUAGUCAGUUGAUCAAUCGACUAACUCAUGUGUCUAGCACAUUGGGAGUAAACAAUAAUCAAAACAGUCGACUAGGAACAGUUCGACUAACGUAUCCAGAAAUGAAGGGUAUAGGAAAGGAGUCCAGUAAGGAACGAGAGAGGUCUUGCAGUACAUUGUUUAUGCAGGCAAACCAAGCUUUGCAGAAUUGAAUAUAUACAUUUUUCAGAAUGUAUGUAUAUCCCCGUUGAUGUAUUCGAAAUUAGGACGCUCAAAGCAGGUUGAAUUGAAUGAAAGCGCAAUCGGUAAUUCAAAGUCUAUUGGCCGUGUUGAUCGUAGUUCUUCUUUGCAUUCGUUCACGAUGGUCAGAAAACGAGGUUUACAUCAUGACCAAACCCGCAACUGCGACCACGCCAGCCAUCAUAGCGCCAGCUGCGACCUGUUGAUUCGAUGCUGCGGUUCCAGGAGUUGGUUUCGUGGGGGGUGCUGUUCCUGCAGCCGAUGAGGUCCCUUCGGGUUGAGAGGCGGUUGCUACUACGACGGAAGUUGUAGGAGCCACGCUCGGGAUCGCGGAGGAGGAGAAUUUGACAAUGGCUGAGGAACUGGAGGGCUUGACUGGUGCGCUGGAGGAGAAGACGAAUGUAUGUGGGACAACAGAUGAAGAGGAAGAAGUUGAUGUCGACGUUGAUGUCGAAGUAGAAGUUGACCAGGGAGUUGGCGUGGGAGUUGGAGUUGGUGUCGGGGUUGUUGAUGACGAGGACUUUGGAGAAAUGCAUGUUGUUUUGAUUGAGCCGGUAUUUGGUUUGUUUAUUGAUGUUGGUAUGAUAUCAAAUGCAGAACAGCGAUCGACUAGCAAUUGCAACGAAUGGACGACAGCAGAGUACUUAACGAGCGUUGACUCUACUAUCACGCAGUAA